GGCAGGCCGCGCUGCCCUCCUGCCGCGAAAGGCAUGGAAACCAGGGGGCUGGGGGGCUGUUCUGAAAGGACACGUGGCGCCUCCUGCUGGCAGUGGCCAUCUCAUGACGGUGACACCGGGCAGGCCAGUGCCAGCGGGCGGAGCGCGGGGCUGGGCGGCUCCGGCAGUCGGGCACAGGGAAUUUCACCGGGACUGUCGCCCCGGGCCACGGCCAAGAUGUACCAGCUCAAGAUCCAGGCGGAGCUGCCGGUCCAGUCGGGGUCUGACAUGCGUGCGCAGGAGCUGAAGGAGCUGCUGUGGUCUGGGGGAGAAUGCAACGCCGCCCUGAUAAGAGAUGGCGCCUUCCGGCAGAAGAAGCUGGCGCGACAGCUGGUGGAGGGAGGGGCGUGCAAGGAGCAGCUGAUGGCAGGAGAGCAGCAGCCUCAACUCUUCCAGAGCGGUUUCGAGGAGAAGCUGGCGUUUCAGCCGGAGGCGGAGGGGACAGAGCGCCGCCCCAAGAGGCUGGUGCGUGGCCCACGGGAGGCCUAUCGAGUGAUGGACGCGGCUCUGCAGUGUGCAGGAGAGCUGAUGGUGGGGAAGGAGGAGCCGGGGGCAGAGCGCUGGCAGCUGCCAGGGGAGCCCGACGAGGAGGAGAUCUACUGGGGCUGCUUUUACUUCUUUCCUUGGCUCCGGAUGUGGAGGAAAGGGAAGCGGGUGCAGCCGUGAAGAGCUCGCUGUGACCGGGGGCGAGCAGGCCCCAGCCCCUCCCCAGAGUUAUACGCAGACCGUGCGGCUGCACUUGGCCCAGCCGCCUCUAUUUGCAUCUCCACCGACCCUGCUGAGCGCAGCAGCCGCCCCCUCGGGCCACCGCCCAUGGCACCCCCAGGAUUAAAGCACCUGACACCACA